AUGGAGUUAAAUAAAGAAAUACAUUAUGAAAAUAACAUACUACAAAAAAAUGACAAUUUUUUUAAUUAUUAUGUUAAUCAGAAAAUAAUAAAAGAAGAAGAAAUAGAUUCUUUUAUGGCUAUAAUAAAUAAAGAAUUACCAAUAACUUUCAGAGUUUUAAAUAAUAACAAGUAUAGCAAAUUUAUACAUGAAAAUAUUGAAAAUAAAUUAGAAUCCAUAUGCAAAAACCGUUACUCAAUAAUAAAAUUAAACGAAGAAGAUAAGAUGUAUGAAAUAUACUUAACUAGGUCAGAAAUAAAAAAACAAGAAAAUUACAAAAAUUUAUAUAAUUAUUUAAUUAAUUUAAAUGAAAGUGGUUAUAUAUUUAGACAAGAAUUAGUUAGUAUGUUACCUGUUUUAUUUUUAAAAUUAAAAGAAAAUUUUUUUGUUUUAGAUAUAUGUGCAGCUCCAGGUUCAAAAACAGCUCAAAUACUGGACUAUAUGCAUUUAAUGAAAAGAAAAAAUAUCAAAAAUAUUUUGAUUAAAAAAUUUCUUCAAAAAAAUUGCAUAAAAAUGUAUAAAAUUAUUGAGAAUAUUGAUAGCGAUGAUACAGAAGAAAAUUUUAUUAAUAAAUAUUUAAUGAAUGAAGAGGAUAAUAAAAAUAACAUCAAUAACAAAAACAUUGAAAAUAAUGAUAUUCAAGAUAAAUUUUUGAUAAAUAAUAGUAACAGUGAUAUAUUAAUAAAUGAAAACGAUAAGGAAAAUAGGGAAUAUAAUAAAGAAAGCCUAGAAAAAAUAUAUAAAAGUUAUUAUAGCAUAUUAGAUAAUAACUCUUAUGAUGAUAAAUUUUUUGAGUAUAUUCUAAAUGUAGAUAAUAAUUUAUAUAAUGAUUACAAAGAAUUGAUUUCUAAUAAUAACCCUAGUGGAGUUGUUGUAGGUAAUGAUUCUAAUUUUAAAAGAUGUUGUAUGUUAUUUCACCGAUUAAAGAAUAUUCAUAGUGGUAGUUUAAUAGUUACGAAUAAUAAUGCAAUUGAUUUUCCAUACAUAUAUAUAAAAAAUGAAAAAGAAGGUAAUUUUGAAAGAAAAUAUUUCGAUUCAGUUCUAUGUGAUGUUCCUUGUAGUGGAGAUGGUACUAUAAGGAAAGAUAAAAACGUAUGGUUAAAUUGGAAUAUAUAUAAUGCUUAUAAUUUAUUUCAAUUACAAGUUAAUAUUUUAAAAAGAUCAAUUGAUUUAACAAAAGAGAAUGGAUACAUAAUAUAUAGUACAUGUUCUUUAAAUCCAAUUGAAAAUGAGGCAGUUAUUUGUGAAAUUUUUAAUUCUAUUGAAAAUUUGAGUUCGUUAAAGUUAGUUAAUUUUGGAAAUGAAAUAUUAACAAAAUUAAAUUAUAAAACAGGUUUAACAGAAUGGAAGGUUUUCAUGGAUGAUAAAUGGUUUGAAACCUAUGAAGAAUUUUGUGAUUAUUUAACUAGUAAUAAUUCAAUUAAACAUAAAAAAAUUUAUGAAAAAAUACAAAAAGGGAUGUUUCCAUCAAGUAAAGAGUUUUUAAAAUUAAUUAAUUUAAAUUAUGUAAAGAGAUUUUUUCCUCAUAAAUAUAAUGCAGGUGGAUUUUUUAUUGCAGUAAUUAAAAAGUGUUCUAAAGUUCAAUGGAAAAAAAAAAUGAAAAAAGAAUACACUAACGAAAAUACUACAGAAAAUAACAAUGGCAUAUUCGAAAAUAAGGAAUAUACAAAAAAUAUUAAAAAAAAAAAAUAUAAAAAAAAAAAAAAUAGCAAAAAAAAAAAAGACAUAACUUAUGAAAACAAAAAGAAUAUAAACAAAAAUUAUAUUAACAAUAAAGAAAGUAAUAACAAUAUAUAUGAAACAUUUAAUAAUUUAACUGAAAAUAAUACAUUUGAUAAAAAUAUGGCUAUAGGUAAUAAUGAAAUAAUAAAUGCAAUCAAUAAAAAGAGUGAAGAAGAAUUAAACCGUUAUAUAAAAAGUGAAAUAAAUACAAUUAAUAUUCCUUGUGAAGAUGAAAAGUUUAAUGUUAUUAAAAUGUUAAAUGAAAAAAUAAUUCCGAAUAAUAAUUUGAAUUCUAUUCAUAAAGCACAUAAAAUUAACCAUAAAAAUGAAAAUUUUAUUAAGCAGCAAGAGUAUAUAAGUUUAGAUUAUUAUGAAAAGUUAUUUUGUAAAGAUGAUAUAUUAGAAAGAAUAAAAAGUUAUUUUAAUUUAAAUGAUGAUUUUUUAUCAAUUAAAAAUAAUUUAUAUAUUCAUUUAAAGGAUAACAACAAUUUUUCUAAUUUAUCUGUUGAUGAAAGAAUUAAUAUGAAUAUUAAAAAAAUUAAUUUAGUCAGUAAUCACGCUAAAGACAUCUUGGAAUGUUAUACAAAAGUUAAAUUAAAAAUAAUUACUGCAGGAAUAACAGUUAUACAAAUUGAUAAAAAUAAAAACAAUUCACAGGAAAAUUAUUAUAGAAUUAAUUAUAGUGGUUGUCUUAACUUUAUUCCAUAUUUUAAAGAAGUAGAUAAUUUUUUAUUAAAUAAAAUUUAUAGAGAUAAUAUUAUUAAAAAUUAUUUUUACUCUAUAUAUGAAAAUAAAGACAGGAAAUUUAAUUUUGAAACCUAUAUGGAUAAUUUGAUUAAUGAAAGAAAAAGUACAGUAUCAAAAACUAAUAUAAAUAAGGAAAGUAAUGAAAAAAAAGAACAAAAAAGCAUUUGUAAUCAAUAUGAUAUAAAAGAUAAGGAAAUAUAUAAUGGCAUAGAAGAUAAUGAAAUACCUGAUGAACUGAAAAUUAUGAAUAACAUUGAAAAAAAUAAUGAAAUAAAUAAAUAUAGUAACAAAAAUAUAAUCAUAAAUAGUAAUAUACAUGAAAAAAACAUUUCAGAAAUUAAGAGUGAACAUGAUGAACAAUGUUCUGAUAAUAAAAUAGAAAGUGAUAUAAACACUAUAUGGGUGAAUAGCGAUGUAAUAUUAGAUUUAAUAAAAGUUGAUAAAUCUAAAAUAAAUAGUAUAACUAAUGAAACAAUAAAACAGACAAAAAAAUUAAAACAGUAUUCACCCAAUGUUUUAUUAACUUUAAACAAAAAUAAACAAAUUUUAGCUAUUCCAUCAAACAAAGGAAAGAUGUACGUAGAUAUUAGCAUUGAGAAAAAUUCUAUUAUUAUGUUACCAUAUAUAUUAAAUUAA